UACCAAUCUCUUCCAAUGCCCCGACGAGCGCGAGUGGAGUACGCGUCGGUGAAAUCAUCGUUGGUGCAUUUGCCGAUCUCCCUGUAUGGCCCACUUGUCGAGAGAUCUGUGCGACCACAGAGUCUCGCCGUCCACCUGAAGGGCGAUCAGGGCGAGGCAUAUGUCGGAUGGACGGGAAUGCCGUCUGCGUCGUCCCUCGCCCACUUCAAUUCCACUGACAGUGCACUCGAGACAGUCGAGAUAGAUCCGCAAUUCGCAACCAGCCUUGGUUUCAACCAGGGCGAUGUCGUCGAGAUUGGUUUAUUACACGACUUACAAUACGCUUCGUCCGUUUCAACCGAACCGAUCACACCAGACGACUGGGACAUCGUCGAGAUACAUGCUUCUCACGUCGAGUCUACCCUACUAUCUCAAGUGCGAGUGGCAAAAGUAGGUCAGGAAAUCGAUGUAUGGGUGCUGGGUCGAACCAGGGUUCGACUCAAAGUCGUCUCUGUCCAACCUUGCACUAAGAGUGACGCUGCACUACUCACGACAAACACGGAAGUGAGCAUAGCGCCCAAAACCCAUCAGCGCGGAAAGGCAGUCGCGCGCCAGGUACCUACGCAAGACGAAUCGAAGCAACCAAAACUACCAGAGACGGUUCUACGUAUAUUACCGUCGCGUUUACUCGAGGAUAUUUCGCCUCCGGACCAGGAAUACACUGAGACCGCACCGCUGGCUUACAUCCAUCCGUUCACUUUUUCCAUCCUAGCCGGCACAAAAUGGCCUUCCGAGGAUCAACAUGAAAACGAGUUCGUGAAACUUUCUUAUCGCUACAUGCCCCCACCAUCAAAUCCUCUCGAUGCGCCGCAAGGCGGCGCUAAUGCGGAGUUACCGGAAAGAUCGGCAGACGACAUGCUCGACAACAAGCCAGUAGUAUUUCCAGAGGAUCAAUUCUUGUUCGUCGCCACUGCGUUCUUCCCAAACGGGCUGCAAGGAAUAGGUGACUGGCACUGGAUCCAAGAAAACGACACCGUGAGUUGUACUUCAUGUAGCCGGCCCCUUUCCAUCGACUUCAUCAGACCCUCGAGGACCGUGUUGUGCGGAGUAGAGCAAAUUAUCAAGGAAGCCGCCAACCAAUUGCUUGCCAACUUUAUCAUACACUCCCAGGACAAGGUUGUAUACGGGUUAUCCUCGAUCCUGGUGACCGGUAGACCCGGCGUAGGCAGGACUUCGCUCGCUCGCGAAAUCGCCAGACGUCUCGAAGAAGACACUCGUACUUAUGCAUCAUGGCACCGCCCUACGGUUCUCAUUUUUGACAACCUGGAUAAAAUUCUGAGUCCAGAAGUCGAAUCCAACCAUCAGAAGUCCAUCUCAAUCUCACUCUCUGUGCAGCACACGGACUCGUUCCGUUUCCGCAUCAUCACAGAGUUAUUCAUAGCUCAAUUCUCGGCCAACGCUCGCUCGAUUCCAGUGAACUUUCGCGCCAUGGUGAUGAUCGGAAUUGCAGAGUCGAAGACGUCACUGCAUCCAUUGGUACAUACAUUACAUAUCUUUCAAGAAAUCUAUCACAUCCAGCCUCCAUCAAAGAAUGCACGCAAAGAGGUCCUGGAGAACUUAGUCAAAGCAUGGACUGCUGACUCGUCGGCGCAAGCGCUCGACCCAGAUGACCCACCAAAUUACACCAUGAUCGCGGUGCACACAGAAGGUUAUGCUCCGGUCGAUUUCCAAACUUUGAUGAAGCGGGCUGUACAGAGCGCUGCAAGCAGGGCGUUCAAGUUGCAUGGACGCGAUGCAUCACAGGUCACACUCUCGAUGGAAGACUUUACGAAAGCCCAGGAGGGUUUCGUGCCGAAUGCGCUGAAGGAUGUGCCGCUUUCAAAAUCGGACGUCGAAUGGGCAGAUGUCGGGGGGCUCAAACAAGCCAAACGUAUUCUCCGCGAGACGAUGGAAUGGCCGACAAAGUACGCACCUUUGUUCAAACAGGCACCGUUACGCCUGCGGUCGGGAAUUCUCCUGUACGGAUAUCCAGGUUGUGGGAAGACGAUGCUCGCAUCUGCCGUUUCCAAAGAAUGCGGACUUAAUUUUAUAAGUAUCAAAGGUCCCGAGUUAUUAAACAAGUAUAUUGGUGCGAGCGAGAAGUCGGUUCGGGAUGUGUUCGAUAGGGCGUCUGCGGCAAAACCCUGCGUCUUAUUCUUCGACGAGUUCGACUCUAUAGCUCCGAAACGUGGUCACGAUAGUACGGGUGUUACUGACCGCGUCGUCAACCAACUCCUGACGGAGAUGGACGGAGUGGAGGGGUUAGAGGGUGUGUUUGUCCUAGCAGCAACAAGUCGUCCGGAUCUCAUCGACGCUGCGUUGCUGCGACCGGGCCGCUUGGACAAGUCCGAUCGCAGGGAGAUUCUGGAGGCGGUCAGUCGUAAAAUCACUCUCGACGCUUCGGUCAAUCUUGGCGAUAUCGCCAAAGCGACAGAAGGGUUUUCGGGAGCGGAUCUUCAGGCGCUCGUGUAUAACGCCCAUCUUCGAGUUGUGCAUGCUGCUAUCGACGUGUCGCCGACCCUGAGAAGGUCUGCUCGGGGUACCGAUAUGGAUGCGGAGGCAAAACGUGUUGAGUAUGUGAGCUUGGGUGGCUCUGGCGAGCAGAAGACGCUGUCGCGAGCGGACGAGUCUCAGACGCAGAAAAGGCUUCAACAAAUCGUGGAGAACAAAACCAGAGGAGGGCCGCUUGUGGUCAAGGAUAAGGGAAAAGGUACUGUUGAAGCCAAAAAGUAUGAAAUUACUCAGGAGGACUUUUUGGAGGUGCUUAAGACGGCUCGUCCGUCUGUUCCUCGCCAUGAGAUGGACAGGUUCCGCCGCAUAUAUGAGACCUUUGUGUCUAGUCGCAGUCGGAAGUUGAACAAAAAGGUGCUCCCGUCACCUCCUGGUAAUACUCCUGGCGAGGGUAGUGGCGUCGGUACACGAGUAACGCUGGGGUGAUUGACCGAUGAUGUAGCAUAGCAUUGAUAGUUUAACGCGGUAGUUUUUAGUUAUUCUCCUGAGUCUUGUGUGUACUAAGAAAUUCAGAAACUUGCCGAUGCGGGA